AUGCAAAAUUCUAUAGAGAGCGUGCUGGAAUUGGCGUUACACAAAUCCUCACGAGAUACUUCAUUCGAUUUUGGAUCGCAGCCAGGAGAACCAAGAUUCAAUGCCAGUUCGGAUCUUGGAGAAAGUGGUGGAGAGCAAGCAGGCGCUGGGGAUGAUUCUUUUCCGUCCUUGGAUGAACUACGAGAAAACAUUGUGAGCACACUAGAUGCUUCUAUCGUAAAAUUUAGCGAUUUAUUAUCGCGCCGGGGGAUUGUCCAACAGCCAAGACUUUUCAAACUUUCAGAUGAAUUACUGGGGUUGAUUUUAGGCUUUCUUGCAGAGCCACAGCUCUGCGAGCCUCUUCCUACCAUUUACCUUCAAUCGCGUGCCAAACGGCGUCAACGGAAUGAAGAGUUUAUAGAGAGCGUAAAAGCGAUCCAGAGCCUGCGAUUCGUAUGCCGAAGAAUUUGCAAUGUCAGCUCAGUCUUUCUUCUUCCUACCGUGCGUGUUGAAUUGAGUGCACAAUCCCUUGCGCGCCUUGAUAUGAUCUCUCGUCAUCCUACUAUCGGCAAAGGCGUUAGAACUGUAAGAGUCAUUACUCGUUGCUUGGACCGCAUGCCUAUUGAUAGCUUUGAGAAUUUCCGUCAUCAUAAAUCUGAGUACUUGAGUGAAGCUCUAGAUGGGGUGGUAUCUGAUGACGAGGGAGAAGAGUUCAGGAUGAGUUGUGAGUUAUAUCGGCGGUAUAUAUUAAAUGGAUCAGGUAAUAGUAUCAAUGAAAGUAUCUUGCACAAUGGGCCGUUUGUGUUUGAUGGAUCGGAUGGUAUUAUCACUGAUAAAAACUUGCGUCAAAUCUUCUGGAGCAAAGCUUAUGGGCGGUAUAAAUAUCUCCAUGCAGAACAAGAAAUUCUAUCAGAAGAGGGUGUAUUUCUGGAGGGCGUUGGCACUGCGGUCGCUCGAAUGCCAAGGGCAACAACACUUCAUCUUUGCGACAGGGGCGGUGAUGACUUUUAUGAUUACAACCCUCAUCCAAGACUUUAUUCAACAUCAAAAUUACUGUUUGAUUAUUAUGAAAACGAGGAUGUACUUAUCGACGAUAUUAUUAAAUCCAAACUUUUUGGGGGUGAGGAUGAAAACAAUUCAUACCUAGGAACCGAUACAAGCUGGAAUUCACCAUCCGCUCAGAUACUUCUUAGGCUUCCAGGUGCUAUCCACAAGGCUGGCAGGUCACUCGAAAACAUCUGUAUUGAAAUAGAAUGUCCCAGCGAUCACAGAACUUUGGCCUCAUUUGAGGACUUCCAAGAACUUUCAGCUGCGACACAGCGGCUAAAACAGUUCACAUUUUAUUGCACAUAUGACGAAGAUGAUGAAGAUGAAGAUGAUCAGUGGACGCCCACGGAAUUAGAUGGUUUGGUUAAAUACCUUUCUGCGAUUGUGAACACAAAUGCUCUAGAAAAGAUUGACAUCAAUCUAUCACACCAUGCUAUAGGGCUAGGGAACUUCGACAUGGAGGAACAAAAUCCAUCGGUGCCUUCUUUGGGAACAAUUCUCACCAGUCGUAUAUGGCCGAAUCUCAAAUCAAUAUAUUUGUCCCGAGUACCGCUUCAUCUAUCAGAGCUAGAAACAUUCAUCGACAAUCUAAAGUCAUUAGAUGUAGAAAUGAAUAUACAAUAUAUGUAUCUCAUAAGUGGCUCGUGGAGCGAUGGACUCGAAACAUUCAAAAGGAAUUUGAUUCAAAAUUUGGUCCUUAGGGAGCCAAUUUCAAGGUCGGAGUGCCGAGCAUUACUUUCCAGCGGAAAGCUCUUUUGGGACUGGGACAAGGGGCAAUUUUAUUGGGACUGUAGCCAUUCACUACUGAAAACUAGAACAAGUGAUUACUAA